CCCUCGCAGCCCUGGCUUUGUCUGGAAGGACAUCUGGUCUAAUUAGCAUAUUAUGCUUUGAUAAUUAUAGAUGAUUAUAGAUGUUUGGCGCCAAAAAGGAAAACAAAGUUAGGAGGGAGGAUUUUGCAUUUAACUAUUUCAAAUUAUUGUAUAGUUCUAUUAAAUAAUAACAGUAUAUCAAAUAGUGAUGCUUUUUACAUUUUACCCCGUGAGGAAUUUUACUGUGUUUAUCUUGAGCUGCUAUUACGAUAAUUGUCCUGCCUGAGGAUCAGGUUUUACCCAUUUAAGGGAUUUUAUAUAGAGUUUUGCUCACAUAUAUGAUACACAGGAUAAUAAUUCAGUAAAAACGGAAAAUAUACAGCUAAAAUUCUCUGAGGUCUAAAAACCACUAAUAAUUGUUGGUGUAAUAUAAUCUUAAAAAGAGGAGGACAUGGAACUUUUUAAUGACCAAAUUGUCAAGCAAUGUCUGUGUUUUGGUGUACCUCAUCUUAAACAACCAUAUGCCCCCAAAUUACACUGAGUAAUGACUUUAGGGGUUUUAUCGACCUUUUACUCUGGACUAGUUGCCACUUUCCCGCGUCAGCUCCUCCCCCAGCCUAGAAGGCCUGAAUUUCAGAUUCCUACUUUCUUCCUCUUUGCCAGAGAACAGUCUAAACAGUGUCACAUACUUUUCGAUGGUAUUGAUCUUGAUUUUUCUAGACACGCGCACCCCCACAUCUAAGUGCUGGCUGGUUUGCAAAAGUCACCUCCUCUAUCCUUCCUGCAUUUCCAGGAUUGGUUCCACGGGACUAAACAAACUCUUAAUCUUCACUGGACAGCCAGCUGGCUACACCAAAGGUGAUCCUUACACAAAACAACAAGAGGAUGGUAUCACUGAAUGACUGCUUUGAGCAUAUUAAUUUCCAGAUAAAACUCAGUGAGGGUGGAGCUGAAGAAAUGGAGAAGCCAUAACACACUGGCUAUUGUUAAUGGGCAUAACAAAAAUUCUGAGUGGAAUGGAGCUCAAGUAGGUCCUCUGAGUAGAGGACAGAAACGUUAGUAUUUAUUACUACUGUUGUAGUGCGUUAGAUUUUAUUUGUUAUUUGUUUGUUUUAACAGUAUUUACUCUGCACUAGUUUGGAUAUGAAUCAAAGCAGCGAUGGAUGUGUGAAAAAGAUUAGCAGUGUGAAUCUUGACAAACUUAUAAAUGACUUCUCACAGAUAGAAAAGAAAAUGGUAGAAACUUCUGGAAGGAACAACGUCCUGAAUAUGCAGUUGGAAAAAGCUAACUGUUUAUUAAAAGGAAUGCACACAAAUGAGGCCUCACUUAAAGGAGAAUGUGCUACUCUUCAUAAUAUGGUAAAAGGGCUACAACAGACCAUUGAAUAUCAACAUAAUUUGAAAGGUAAAAAUGAACAACUGAAAAGAAAUGCUGAUCUUAUGAAAGAAAAGUUAAACUCUCAUGAACAGGAAUAUAAGAAUAGCAUUGCCAAACUUAUAAGUGAAAUGAAAAUCAAAGAGGAAGGACAUAAGACAGAAUUAAGGAAACUUUACCAGGAGAUGCAGAAAAAGGUCGAAUUAAAUGAAGAAAAGAAUAAAGAACUGGUAGAGAAAAUGGAGAUGGAAAUUUCAGAGUUAAAUGCAAAGUUAAAAAUUCAAGAGAAGGAAAAACAAACUGAAAUAAUCAAACUACAGCUAGAGUUUGAUGCCAAACUAGCAAGAGUUCAAACUAAACCAAAAUCAUAUCCAGAUUCUACUGUUUUGCCGCAAAGUAUCUACAGAAGGAAGCUUCAACAUCUUCAAGAAGAAAAAAACAAGGAGAUUGCAACUCUUCGUAACACCAUUCGAGAACUGGAGCAGCGCCUCUCUGUUGGCAAGGAUCCUCACCUUAAACGUAGACGGUUUUAAGGACAGCAGUAAAUUCAUUUGUUGCUAUUUAACUCCUUUAAAAGCAGUUGAAAACUUUACUUCUGUUGCUAAUAUAAUAAACUGCCUAAAUAAUAACAAUGUAAGAGACAGCUUUAGACAUUUUAAAUUGAGUUUAUUGAAAUAAAUCCACACUUUGGCCAACUA